AUGGGUUCCUUAGUCUCAAAACUCUUCAAGAACCGAGAAAUGAGAAUAUUGAUGCUUGGGUUGGACAAUGCUGGAAAAACAACGAUACUUUACAAGUUGAAGCUUGGAAAGACUUCCAAGACUGUGCCCACAGUAGGGUUCAACGUAGAAACAGUCAAGCACAAAAAUGUAUCGUUUGCAGUGUGGGAUUGUGGUGGACAAGAGAGAAUCAGACCUUUAUGGAGACAUUAUUUCACUGGGACCAACGCGUUGAUCUAUGUCGUGGAUUCAAGCGAUCAGUCGCGGUUGGAAGAGUCAAAACAGGAGUUGUACAGGAUAAUAACUGACAAAGAAUUGAACAACUGUUUGCUAGUGGUGUUGGCCAACAAACAAGAUGUCGAUGGGGCCGUCAAACCAAAAGACUUGAUUGAAAAGUUUGAAUUGAAUAAGUUGAGUGGUAAUCAUACGUGGUCUGUCAUACCUACAGUGGCUAUAGACGGAACCGGGUUGGUGGAAACGCUUAAUUGGAUAUCGUCGCAUUCGAAAUAA